AUGGCAAAAUCGUUGGAUGAUAUACGAAAGAAGUACGAGGACGAUAGUAAUAUGGACGACGACGAUGAAGAGCCGCCAGGAUGCUGGCGCAGGAUGAUAGUCUGGUUGCGGAUAAAUCCGAAUCUCAUAAUGUUGAAAGUGACUCUAUUCGUGAUGUAUGGAGCGACGGCUUCUCUUUUACCAUAUCUUACGAUACAUAUGCAAAGUAUAGGGCUGACUGUGCCGGAAAUUUCCUUCGUGUAUCUGGCAUUACCUUUCACUACCUUUUUAAGUCCUCCUGUAACUGGUUUUCUGGUUGAUCGCUUCGGAGAGUAUAAGCCUGUAGUCAUCACAGCUCUAAUAUUGAACGCGGGAUUUCACCAUUCGUUGCUUUUGAUUCCCCAUCAGGAAACACCAGGAGUGAUGCCAUCGGCUUACGUUAUGAGGCACCCAAUUAAACGGAGCGUAGAGAUAUGGUGGAGUCCAUGCCCCAGUCGAGAGUGUCCUGAUGAAGAUGAGCAGGUUGAUUUCGUGUUGGACCGGUGUGUGGACCACUGUAUGUCCAGACCCACUGAGAGACCUCCAAGUGAUCCAGCUGACGAUAAAGAUGAUAUUGACUUUCAUAUAUCACAAAAGAUUUAUCCACCGAAUCUGUCUAACACCAGCUUUCUAAAUAUGACCGAAGAAGAAGAAGAAUUUAAUGAUGCAGCCUUCUUCUUGAUAGAAGUGCACGAUGAUUUGGGUGAACCAAAAGAACAGCUUGGCAUUGAAAUGGAAAGGGACGACAAUGAUACAGUAACGGAUUUCAGAUCAAGGUUUGGCGAGAAACUUUUGCUUGCACAAGGUGUAAACAUCACCGCGUUAGAUAAAGAGGAUCUGAGAUGCGGCGGUUUGGUGAUGCUGCAUAAUAUGACGAAACUAUCUCAGCAACGACUCGAGAGUUUGGCAGCUGAUUGUAUGGUACAGAAAUGUGAUUUUAGAAAAGGAGGUCCGGAUAUAUGCCCACCGGAUUACAAAGAGAGCGAUGACAAAACCUUCUACAUAUACUUCUUCCUACGUUUCAUGGGAACUAUAAUGUUAUCAGCAGGAGUGACCAUCAUGGAUCCUAUAGCUUUAACCAUGAUACAGAAAUAUGGUGGAGAUUUUGGCAGAGAAAGACUAUUUUCGAGCAUCGGAAUGGCCAUAUUUUCACCUAUCACAGGCAUGUUGAUAGAUAUGCGAAGCAAACAAGUCGGUUACACAGAUUACUCAGCAGCAUUUUACACAUACGAUGCUCUGCUUCUCAUAUCGGCUAUAACAGUCGCUGUUAUGCCGUUAGGUGCAAAAUUACCAGCUGACAACUUAUUACGCGAUCUAGUUAAUAUAAUUAAAAUGCCACACAUAAUUAUAUUCAUUUUCUUCCUCUUCGCAUUGGGUAACUUUUGGGGAUUCAUCGAAUCGUAUCUGUUUUUGUAUUUGAAGGAAUUGGGUGCGCCAAACUUUUUGUUGGGUAUAACAGUGACAGUGGGUACUCUCUCAAGCAUCCCGUUUUUGUACGGCGCGGACGCCAUCACCUCGCGUAUAGGCCACGUCAAUGUUAUCAUCGUCGCUUUCUUCUCACACGCGGCGAGACUCGUCGGAUAUUCCUUUAUUGAAAAUUCCUGGUGGUGUUUCCCAUUUGAAGCCAUGGAGUCACUGUCUGUGCACCUGAUGUGGGUCGCGGCGGCAACAUACUGUGCUAUGUUGGCUCCAAAGAGCUUACUUGCAACAUUGAUUGGUGUGCUGGGCAUGGCACAUUUCAGUCUGGGUAGAGGCAGUGGUAGUUUCGGGGGCGGUCUCCUGAUUGCUUCAUUAGGAACUAGAGAGGCGUUCCGUUAUAUGGGACUAAUUGCAUUCCUUGGUGGAGUGUUAUAUGGACUUUUGCAUUAUUUCUGGCUUAGAAAUAUAACUAUGAAGAGGAUCCCUGAUGUUUGUGAUCCGGAUACUGAAAGUGGCGAAGGCGAUAAACUGAACGGUGAACCGCUGCGCAAAGACGCUGAGACCAUGAUCUCUCUUGAAAGACUUCACAUCAUCACUCGCUUCAAUCCACUUGGUUCUUUGCAUUCACUCUCUAGAGGUUCUAGAGCUAGACUUUCCCAAGGCGACAUAAAUGAGUUAUGUCGCAGUCGUAGCGGCAGCAACAGCCAACGCCGGUGCAGUAAUAUUGAAAUAUCGCCCAAAACUCCCCAAAGUUCAGUCUCGAAAGUAGAUCUUUUGCGAUCGGCGUUAGAAAUCAACCAUCAACAAGGAAAAGGCCAUAUUAUAUCCAAUCCCGUAUUGUCCAGUCAGAACAGACCACAUCAAUAUAAGCUGGCAAAUAGCGCACCAAAACUGACGCAACGGAACAACAUAUCCCAACCGGCCCUAUCUGAAUUCGACCGUCGUCGGGACUCAAUACCAGAAGAAGCAGAAGAAGACCGUCUGGCACCAACCCCUAAGCCUUCUAAAACUAAAAGCGACCACCUCCCCCCUCCCCCUACAUACGAUGAAGCUACUCGGGAGAAACGGAAAAGUUGGCACUCCGAUGAUAGUACACCCACU